CCUUCCUCCUCUUUGCCUCUCUUAUCUAGGAGGAUUUUUUUCCCCCAAGCGAAGCAUGAACCGUUGUUUAAGUGGAAAAUGGAGGCUGAAUUUUACAUGGCGAUUCUAACCUGCCUGAUCCUCGGGAGCUUGGAAGGGUUCCAGAUAGUCCAUGUCCGUAAACAGCAGUGUCUUUCUAUAAAUCAGAAAGUGGUUAUGAGCUCAUGCAAUGCCACCAGCCAGAACCAGCAGUGGCUGUCGACUGAGGAUGGGAAGCUUCUUCACAUUAAAUCUGGAUCGUGUCUGGGCGUCUCCAACUCCUCAAGGGGUCCUUUCCGACCAGCAGUCUCCACUCCCUGUGCCCAGGCACCCCGAUGGACCUGCCAUGACCAAGAAGGCUUCCUUGAGGUGGAAAAUACCUCUCUCUUUCUCAAGAAACAAAACCGUAAGGUAGUGGUCAAGAAGAUUAGUAAAUACCUCGAUAGCUGGAUGAAAUUAGACACCAACAAGGAAGGAAAGCUGGUCAGUGAAAACCUCUGUGCAAAGCAAGCUGGCCUGGGAACAGAAGUCUCAGUGCGAAUUGCUAGGAACUCUGUUGCACCGCAGAUGCUCACUACUUUCCACACAGUUCCAUACAGCCUGGAACACAUUAGGAACACCACAGAGACAUUCCUCGGGAGUACUGCAGAGACCUACAGGCCAAGCAGCAGCAAGACAGCUCUCCCCAGCCUGCACACGACGGGGACUACAGUCACAGCCUGGAGUCCAUCAACUACUCCACCUUCCUUCAGCAUCACUACAGAGGCUGGACUGGCAGAGCUAGAGAGAUGCAACUUUACACUGUUGGAGCCCAGGAUCUCCAGCUUCUCAGCGUCUAUCCAGUGGAGGACUUUGGGGUCACCCUGCAACUUUAGCCUCAUCUACAGCAGUGAUACCUCAGGGCCCGCGCUGUGCCUUCCCAUUCAGAUAGACAACAUUACCUAUGGAUGCAACCCCGAGGAUUUACAAGCAGGGACCCUCUAUAACUUCAGGAUUGUUUCUCUGGAUGGAGAGGAGAGAACUUUGGUCUUACAGACAGACCCUUCGCCUCCUGCUAGCUUUGAAGUCAGUCCGGAGAAGACAACUUCAACCACCCUGCAGGUGAGGUGGACCCCUUCUUCUGGAAAAGUCACGUGGUAUGAGGUGCAACUAUUUGAUGAUAACAAUCAAAAGAUACAAGAGGUCCAAGUUCAAGAGAGUACCACACGGAGCCAAUGCACUUUGUCGAACCUCACUGCUGGUAGUAAUUACAAAAUCGCCGUCAUGGCUGUGUCCGGAGAAAAACGUUCCUUUCCCGUGUAUACCAAUGGGUCAACAGUACCGUCUCCUGUGAAAGACAUUGACAUCUCCCCCACUCCUAAUUCUCUCCUAAUUUCCUGGUCUCGUGGUUCUGGGAACGUGGAACAAUACAGGCUGGUGCUCAUGGAUAAAGGGACCUUAGUCCAAGAGAGGAACGUGGACAGACAUGAUACGUCUUAUACUUUGUAUGGACUGACCCCUGGACGCCUGUACAACCUCACUAUUAUCACCAUGGCUUCAGGACUACAAAACUAUAGGUGGAAACUAGUGAGGACGGCUCCUAUGGAAGUCUCCAGUCUGAAGGUGACAAAUGAUGCCAGCUCAACCUCUCUGAAAGUCACGUGGCAGAAACCCCUUGGAGAUACAGAUUCCUACAACAUCACCCUGUCUCACCAAGGGACCGUCAAGGAAUCCAAAACAUUAGCGCCUCGUGUUACCGAAACUCAAUUUAAAGACUUAGUCCCUGGACGGCUUUACCAAGUUACCAUCAGCAGCGUCUCUGGUGAACUAUCGGCUCAGAAGAUGGCGAUGGGUAGGACCGUUCCAGAAAAAGUGAGGAAUCUGGUUUCCUACAAUGAGAUUUGGAUGAAGUCCUUCGCAGUGAACUGGACGCCCCCUGCUGGAGACUGGGAGCACUACCGCAUCUUGCUCUUCAAUGAAUCGGUGGUGCUGCUCAAUGCCACCGUGGGAAAGGAGGAAACGCACUAUGUCAUGGAUGCUGUGGAGCUCGUACCAGGAAGACAGUACGAGGUGGAAGUCAUUGUUGAGAGUGGCAACCUGAGGAAUUCUGAACGCUGCCGAGGCAGGACAGUCCCCCUGGCGGUCCUCCAACUUCGUGUUAAACAUGCUAACGAGACAUCGCUGGGCAUCAUGUGGCAGGCCCCCCGAGGGGAAUGGGAGAAAUACAUCAUUUCCCUGACUGAUAGAGACCUCUUAGUCAUCCACAAAUCCCUCUCCAAAGACGCCAGAGAAUUCACCUUUACGGACCUGGUCCCCGGACGAAACUACAAGGCUACCAUCACCAGUAUGAGUGGAGAUUUAAAACAGUCAUCUUCAACCAAAGGAAGAACGGUGCCUGCCCACGUGACUGACUUGCACGUUACCAACCAAGGAAUGACCAGCAGUCUGUUCACUAACUGGACAAAGGCCUUAGGAGAUGUAGAGUUCUACCAAGUCUUACUGAUCCAUGAGAAUGUGGUCAUUAAAAACGAGAGCGUCUCCAGUGAGACCAGGAGAUACAGCUUCCACGCUCUGAAAUCCGGCAGCCUCUACUCGGUGGUGGUGACCACAGUGAGCGGAGGGAUUUCUUCCCGGCAGGUGGUGGCGGAAGGCCGAACAGUCCCUUCCAGCGUGAGUGGAGUCACGGUCAACAAUUCCGGCCGUAAUGAUUACCUCAGUGUUUCCUGGCUGCCAGCUCCUGGAGACGUGGAUAACUACGUGGUAACCCUCUCCCACGACGGCAAGGUGGUUCAGUCCCUCACCAUUGCCAAGUCUGUCAGCGAGUGUUCUUUCAGCUCCCUCACCCCAGGCCGCCUCUACAAUGUGACCAUCACCACCAGGAGUGGCGGUUACGCCAGCCACUCCUUCAGCGAAGAACGGACAGUACCUGACAAGGUCCAGGGAAUCAGCGUUAGCAACUCUGCCAGGAGUGACUACUUAAAGGUGUCCUGGGUACAUGCCACUGGAGACUUCGAUCACUAUGAAGUCACCAUCAAAAACAAAAACAGCUUCACUCAAACCAAAAGCAUUCCCAAGUCGGAAAACGAGUGUGUAUUUGUUCAACUCAUCCCUGGACGCCUGUACAGUGUCACCGUCAGUACCAAAAGUGGACAGUAUGAAGCUAGUGAACAAGGGAAUGGAAGAACGAUCCCAGAGCCUGUGAAGAAUCUCACACUUCGCAACAGGAGCACGGAGGACCUCUAUGUGACCUGGUCACUGGCCGAUGGGGACGUUGACCAGUAUGAGGUCCAGCUGCUCUUCAAUGACAUGAAGGUCUUUCCUCCUAUUCACCUUGUGAACACUGCAACUGAGUAUCAGUUCUCUGUGCUCACACCAGGGCGCCAUUACAAAAUCCUUGUCCUGACCAUCAGUGGCGACGUUCAGCAGUCGGCCUUCAUUGAGGGCCUCACGGUUCCCAGUACUGUCAAAAAUAUUCACGUUUCUGCCAACGGAGCCACGGAUCGAUUGAUGGUAACCUGGACGCCAGGUGGUGGGGAUGUUGACUCCUAUGUGGUGUCAGCGUUCAGGCAGAAUGAGAAGAUUCAGUCUCAGAGCAUCCCGAAGCACGUCUCAGAACACACUUUCCACAAGCUGGAGCCCGGGGCCAUGUACAGAAUCGCCAUCGCUUCUGUUAGUGGGUCCCUGAGCAACCAGAUUGACGCGCAUGGGCAGACGGUUCCUGCGCCUGUCCAGGGAGUCAUUGCAGACAACGCCUACAGCAGUAACUCCUUAACGGUAAGCUGGCAGAAAGCUCCCGGCGUGGCAGAAAGAUAUGAUAUCCUGCUUCUCAGUGAGAAUGGAUUUCUCCUGAGCAACACGUCAGAGCCGGCUACCGCUAAGCAGCACAAAUUUGAAGAUCUAACGCCAGGCAAGAAAUACAAGAUGCACAUCCUAACUGUCAGCGGAGGCCUCUUUAGCAAGGAAGCCCAGGCUGAAGGCCGAACAGUCCCAGCAGCUGUCACCAAUCUGAAGAUCACAGAGAACUCCACUAGACACCUGUCCUUCAGCUGGACUGCCUCGGAGGGUGAGCUCAGCUGGUACAACAUCUUUCUGUACAACCCAGACAAGACUCUUCAGGAAAGAGCUCAGGUUGACCCGCUGGUCCAGAGCUUCUCUUUCCAGAACUUGUUACAAGGCCGAAUGUACAAAUUGGUGAUUGUUACUCACAGUGGGGAGCUGUCCAAUGAGUCCUUCAUAUUUGGCAGAACAGUCCCAGCUGCCGUGAACCAUCUCAAAGCAUCCAAUCGGAACAUGACAGAUAGCCUUUGGUUCAGCUGGAGUCCAGCCUCUGGGGACUUUGACUUCUACGAGCUGAUUCUCUACAAUCCCAAUGGCACAAAGAAAGAGAACUGGAAAGACAAGGGCCUGACAGAGUGGCGCUUUCAAGGCCUCGUGCCUGGACGGAAAUACACCCUGUAUGUGGUGACCCAUAGUGGAGACCUCAGCAAUAAAGUCACAGGGGAGGGCAGGACAGCCCCAAGUCCCCCCAGUCAUUUGUCAUUUGCUGAUGUUACAAACACUUCCUUGGCCAUCACCUGGAAGGGGCCCCCAGACUGGACAGACUACAAUGACUUUGAGCUGCAGUGGCUCCCCAGAGAUGCACUCACUGUCUUCAACCCCUACAGCAACAGGAAAUCAGAAGGACGCAUUGUGUAUGGGCUUCGCCCAGGGAGAUCCUAUCAAUUCAGUGUCAAGACGGUCAGUGGGGAUCCCUGGAAAACAUACAGCAAACCAAUUUCUGGAUCUGUGAGGACAAAGCCAGACAAGAUACAAAACCUGCACUGUCGUCCCCAGAACUCGACGGCCAUCGCCUGUUCUUGGGUACCACCUGACUCCGACUUCGAUGGUUAUAACGUUGAGUGCCGAAAGAUGGAUACCCAAGAGAUCGAGUUCUCCAGGAAACUGGAGAAAGAAAAAUCCCUGCUCAACAUCAUGAUGCUAGUGCCGCAUAAGAGGUACUUAGUGUCCAUCAAAGUGCAGUCAGCCGGUGUGACCAGUGAGGUGGUUGAAGACAGCACCAUCACCAUGAUAGACCGCCCUCCCCCGCCACCCCCGCAUAUUCGUGUGAAUGAGAAGGAUGUGCUGAUCAGCAAAUCCUCCAUCAACUUCACUGUCAACUGCAGCUGGUUCAGCGACACCAACGGAGCCGUGAAAUACUUCGCAGUGGUGGUGAGAGAGGCUGACGGCAUGGAUGAGCUGAAGCCAGAACAGCAGCACCCUCUCCCUUCCUACCUGGAAUACAGGCACAAUGCCUCUAUUAGAGUCUACCAGACCAAUUACUUCGCCAGCAAGUGUGCCGAAAGCCCCGACAGCAGCUCUAAGAGCUUUACCAUUAAGCUUGGAGCCGAGAUGGACAGCCUUGGUGGUAAAUGUGAUCCCAGUCAGCAAAAGUUCUGUGAUGGACCACUGAAGCCACACACCGCCUACAGAAUCAGCAUCCGGGCCUUUACGCAGCUAUUUGACGAGGACUUGAAAGAAUUCACAAAGCCCCUCUAUUCAGAUACAUUUUUCUCGUUGCCUAUCACCACCGAGUCAGAGCCCUUGUUUGGAGUUAUUGAAGGUGUGAGCACUGGCCUGUUCCUCAUUGGCAUGCUGGUGGCCCUUGUCGCCUUCUUCAUCUGCAGACAGAAAACUAACCAUGGCCGGGAAAGGCCAUCUGCCCGCCUGAGCAUUCACAGGGAUCGGCCUUUGUCUGUCCAUUUGAACCUGGGCCAGAAAGGCAACCGGAAAACCUCUUGUCCCAUAAAGAUAAAUCAGUUCGAAGGGCAUUUCAUGAAACUGCAGGCUGACUCCAACUACCUUCUGUCCAAGGAAUAUGAGGACUUAAAAGACGUGGGUCGAAACCAGUCAUGUGACAUUGCUCUCUUGCCUGAGAACAGAGGGAAAAAUCGAUACAACAACAUAUUGCCCUAUGAUACCUCAAGGGUGAAGCUGUCCAACGUAGAUGAUGACCCGUGCUCCGACUACGUCAAUGCCAGUUACAUCCCCGGUAACAACUUCAGACGAGAAUAUAUCGCCACGCAGGGGCCGCUUCCUGGCACCAAGGACGACUUCUGGAAGAUGGCGUGGGAGCAAAACGUUCACAAUGUCGUCAUGGUGACCCAGUGUGUCGAGAAAGGCCGAGUAAAGUGUGACCAUUACUGGCCAGCAGACCAGGACUCUCUCUACUAUGGGGAUCUCAUCUUGCAGAUGGUCUCAGAAUCCGUGCUACCCGAGUGGACUAUCAGGGAAUUUAAGAUUUGCAGUGAGGAACAGCUGGACGCACACAGGCUCAUCCGUCACUUUCACUACACAGUAUGGCCAGACCACGGAGUCCCAGAGACCACCCAGUCUCUGAUCCAGUUUGUGAGAACUGUCAGAGACUACAUCAACAGAAGCCCGGGGGCGGGGCCCACGGUAGUGCACUGCAGUGCUGGAGUGGGCAGGACCGGGACAUUCGUUGCCUUGGACCGGAUCCUCCAGCAGUUGGAUUCUAAAGACUCUGUGGACAUUUAUGGAGCAGUGCACGACCUAAGACUUCACAGAGUUCACAUGGUCCAGACUGAGUGUCAGUACAUCUAUCUGCAUCAGUGUGUAAGAGACGUCCUCAGAGCAAGGAAACUGCGGAAUGAGCAAGAAAACCCCCUGUUUCCGAUCUACGAAAAUGUGAACCCAGAAUACCAUAGAGAUGCAAUCUAUUCGAGACAUUAAGGAUGUACUGAAGAUGCCCUGGAUAAAAGUUUUUCACUGUGUGACUUCUCAACGCCAGACCUUUGCUUCAUGGCCUGCGGAGGUGCCAGCUAUUUCUGUUGAUACUAUGUAUAAUUUAUUAAUCUGGAGAGUGUUAAAGAAUUUAUGUAAUUUAAAGGUAACAGAUAUUAUUGUAUAUACUUGUAGUUUCUCCUGUAAAUAUGUAUUUUUCAUAAUGUUUAAUAUUAAGCUUUAUAUAAUACUAUUUUUCCACACGGAAGUGUUCAUGACUUGUUCUGCAUGAGCUGUUUCACCCCGGUAUGACAGGACUACUGGCCACAUGUGUGCAGGGAGAGCUGCGAGGAUAAUCCCUGGGGCUGUGCUGUCUGCUUUCCUUGAUACCCACCGGGUGAGCAAAGGGCCGAGCUGGAAAGAGCAUAGCAUAAGGCUGGCUUUGCCAAGCUGCUGCCUUAUGAACGAAGCCUGGGGUCUACAGACUCUGACGGUCAGAGAAAGAGUAGGGCCGCGGCUAAACCUCGGUGGUAGAGCAUAUGCCAAGAAAUUCAAAUUAAAUUUAAAAACUGAAGGCCAGGCAGCCCCAAAGCAGAGCUGGGUGUGUGUUCUAAACCAGAAGCUGUUGAUAUGAAUCUGUCCAGGGUUCCAAGCCAUGGUCGGCUCAAGGACCAUGAAACUGGCAGUGACUGCAGGGCUGGGGACUCUGGUAGAGAAGGACACUAACAGACGAGAUGAAUACCUAGUGAUAGCAAUGCCAGCUGUCCCUCUGAUUGGAGCCUCCUGCACAAAGCAGGGCGCAUCCCUGCAGCAUUCAGACUUGGUUUUCCUUUGGAAAGAGCUAUAGUGGUAGGUCACGCCCCUGACCCAAGAAAGCAUGAUCUUUUCCAACAUCUUCUUAAGUCUGCUGAAACAGUGAAACUUUGCCACACACCCUACCAAUUUUAUCUUUCAAAUCUGUUGACUGUAAAAAUUCCAGUGAUGGGGCUGGAGAGAUGGCUCAGCGGUUAAGAGCACUGGCUGCUCUUCCAGAGGUCCUGAGUUCAAUUCCCAGUAGCCACAUGGUGGCUCACAACCAUCUGUAAUGAGGUCUGGUGCCCUCUUCUGGCCUGCAGGCCUACAUGAAGACAGACUAUUGCAUACAUAAUAAACAAAUAAAUAUUUAAAAAAAUUCCAGUGACUUAGAAAGUGGACAUUGAGCAAAUUAAGACCCAAUUCCUAGAUCUUUUCUGAGAAAAAUCCCAGAAAGAAUCCUCGUGGUUGCCUGAGUGAGAAGCCACAUUUGUUGGUUUCGGGGCUUCCUUUGCAGAAACAUCACGUUUCUCUUGAACAUAUGUGGUUUUGCUACAAAUCAUAAACUCCCAUAACAAAAAUGGAUAUAAUUGGCCUAACAAUUGAAGAUAGCUAACUAUACCAAAAAUCAUUGCAAAUUUAGCUUGUAAAUAUACUAGGAUAUUCCUAAUUACAUAACUCCACACCCAUGCUGGAGAUGUCUUUUGGGGUACUUGAAGUGUAUAGAAAUAGAGGAACGGUUCCUAAGGGUCCCCGUGAGCAGCAGUGAAGAUUCAGUCCUCACAGUGUCUCUGUGUGCUGUGCCCUUGUGAAAAUGGCAGCGUUAGGCUCUGAUCCUGUAUCCAGGGACUCAUCAAACCUUCGGGACAGAAAAAAGGGGAGCAGAGGAGUAAGCUUGGAGAUGUAUAACUAAGGAGAAAAUGGAGGUCAGACAUGGUUUUGGUGUGGCGUCUGUUAGGCAUCGUUUUUUUUCUUAGAAGAAAAAGGAAAGUUGGGCUGAAGGGGCUGCUGGAAGGUAGCAUGCCUGUGCAACCGUCCAGAGCUCCCGCCCUCCCCCCUCAAGCAAGGAAAACACAACAGGGCUGUAAACCGAUGUUGCUUGGCGCAAAGCAAGCUGGUAACCCGGAAGGCGACGUUCGUUUCAUCUUUUCAUUCAUUGAGAAAAGGCCUGGCAAGUGCCCGGAACCUCUUCGGUGCGGUUUCAAAACCUGUUUCCUUGUCAGCAAAGAGAACGUAUGACAGUGAAAUUAGCUUUGUAACUGUGUUGACUGGAACUUACUAGAGGGCCCAGGCGAGGGCACAGCGGUCACCUUCCGUACGGUGCCUGCUGGCAAGUGCUGAAGCCGUUUCAAUAGCAAGCCACUAGACGCGGAAGAGAAAGUAAUUAAAAUUGCACGAACCAAGCAUUAUAACCACAAAACACCUGCACAUCUGUGACCAUAAGUAACACUCCUGCCCUCAAAGCAUUUGGGGGAGAAUCAGAAUACAGAAAUGAAUCCAGCCACCCAACCAGGGGAAACCAUACAUUCUUGUCGCCUAUUCCGGAAAGCACUGAUUCCUCCUUCUCAAGAGUAGUUUUAACCCCCCCUCCCCCACCUAGCAACAAACACUUUGCUAUGCAGUCUCUCCCUCCAGAAGAUGAAAUACAAAUCCAGGUGAUCCGUUCAUCGACCGUAGCAGGCAGCCAGAACGGAAAUGUAGCUACUGGUAGAUUAGUACUUUGCCUGGCGUGUGAGAGGCCCUGGGUUUAAUCUCAAGUACCACAAAAUAAGCAAGGGGAGGAAAGAAAAGCUUUCUUUGCCGUUCGUUCGCUCCAUCGGAUGCAUCUCCGCUUAAUUGCAUCAUGUGGCUGUGUCUCCGAAAACACUCCACUUCCUGCCUUGGCAGGCCUCCUGCCUGCACCUGAGUGCCGCUCUUUAAUCAGCGAGGCUUCAAUGCCCUUUGGAGGCUAUCAAAUCUUGAGAGAGUCUGUUUUGCAUCCUAAUAAUUAUUUACCCAGGUUCCUUAUAAUUAACUCCUUUAAUCUCUUCACAUUAAAUCAAUUUUAACUCCUCAAUCUACCUUUCUCUGGAAAGCUGCCAACUUUUCAGACUUUUCAGAGACGCCCCUCUCUGGGCUUGCAAAUGUUCAUCCUGAGGAAGUUCCCACCCGUCAGCAGCCAAGUUCCAGGACUUCUCCCCCGCUUGCCCCUUCUUCCUACCGAAGAGCACCUGGGCCAGUGAGAUGUGAUUUUAUCUUCUGUUCAUCUCAUCAUCUUUCACUCAUUGCUAACAUUUCCUAUAAUGCUCAGCAUUAUAGGAGAGUGAUUAAGACUUAAUUUUUCAACAUUAAAAUGGCAGCAAUACAGCGAUUUGGGGUCAGUUAUAUUUAGGAGGCUCUGUAAUUAAUUUUGUUAUUACCUCUUGGAAGAAGGCCCAAAAUUGAUAGGAGAAAAUAAUAUGAAAUGAUUUAACAGAUGUCCAGCAACACAAAAAUGGGUCUCGCAUGUUAUACUUCACACGGCUUCUCUUAUCUUAGUGUUAAGGAUCUAACUGCUCAUAUUUAACACUUUCUGCUCCCUUUGCAAAAAAAAAAAAUCCCAGGGUGAUCUGCCAUGUACUAAAUUCUUGCUCGGUUAGCUAAUGGGCAUUUUGGACGGUGGAAUCCUUGAAGCUACAAGAUCUGUAUAUUUGCCUCCAAGUCCCAGUCAUGGAAUACACUAGAAUUUUUGUUCAUACAAAGCUACUCAGACCAAACCUGACCACGCAACAAUAACAAAUAAUUAGCUGCUUGGUGAUAGAAACAGUUCAGAGAUUUUUCCAAGUUCUGUUUAACUGGAAAAAAAAAAUGGCUACAAUCGACCAGACAAGAGCGGUAAGAAGGCACGAGCAGCCCCAGCUCGUCAGCUCUCACGCCCGAGGAGUGGACAGAGAAAUAGCAUGCCUGCUUGAGUGAGUGCGCCGUGACCAUUCCAAAGAUGUUUAAUCCAAGCUUCAAAAACGCAUCCAGUGUUGAAAGAAUGUUUUACAGAAAAGGAAACUUUAAACCAUGGCUGCAGAGAGGAAGUAAAAUGACGCAAGGAAGGAAAAAUAUUGGAGAGGAGGUGAGCAAAGCUGACAUCAGAAAGACAGGAUGGCAUGUCUGCCUUCUUGGGGUGGUGCUUUGAAAAUACCAUCAUGUAUUUAUUUCUAUUAAAGCAGAUAGAUCGGCCAUCCCUAAGCCCCCGAUCUAACACUCAAGAUGCUCCAGAGUCCAAGGCUUCUGUGAGCACUGACACAGUAGGACAUUCUACAACUGACCUUGUGUGAUGCUUCAGACAGAACACAGGUACAUCAAAACAACCAUGUAAAUUUACUGUCAGCUACAUAUACAGGGUAUGUGAGGGGCAUAAAUGAGUUUCCUAUUUAGACAUGGGAUCCAUCCUCAAUAUUCAAAUCACAGUUAUUAAAAUAUUCCAAACUCACUUUUAAAAUCAAGCAGAUUCUGAUCACCAACAUUUCAGGUAAGGGACCCUUCACCUGUCUAAUUACUGUUGGGAUUCUCUGGGACCAUGUCAGUCAUGUUAUUCAGCAGAUUUGGUAAUUAAAUUGGUUCAUUUGGUUUUUUUUAACUAACCAGGUGUGUGACUCAGUUUCCAGGAUCUGUCACUGCAGACACACAGACACAGCACCUUAGUGUCUUAUCGUGCAGGGUAACUUUGAGAGUGUUUGGCCAUUGCAGUUGAGAUUCAGGGUGACAGUUGAUACAGCUGUGAUAACAACAACAAUAACAACAACAAAAAUGUUCAAAUGUGUUUAAGUGAAAACAUUUCUGGCUGAAAGAACACUUGACUUGUAUAGAGGCUUCCUUGGAAUAAAUGUAUGCUUUCUAUUUUUUUAUAGAUUGUCUAUAUAGAUGACAUUGAUUAAAUAAGGAAAUUAUUGGUGGAUGCUCCCAAAGUAAAGGUUUAUGUCAUGGAAAUAAAAGAUAUAUUAAAAGAUUUACCAAAGACUAUUUUUAACCUAUAUGCCAAUGCACUUGAUCUUAUAUAAGACACCAAAGUAAGUCUUUCAAAACUGUGAAUUAUGUCAGACAAAUGUAACGUGUCCCUUCUUAGAACAGUCACAAGAAGGAUUAGUUUGGGCUGUUUUAUGCCUCAAAUAAUUUCUUUUAAGGAAUGCCAUCCUUGCACCAACAGCAAGCUUUUCCGUUACAACUGAGAUGUAUUUUGGUAGCUAUGUGUGUAACUAAGCAUUGCAUCGAGAAAGGAGCACCUGCGCUUGUGUCUCUGGAAAUCUAGCAGGGAUGACCAGCCUCCAUCAGCCAGUGAGUGGGAAGGUCUAGACCAGAGCUCAGCAUCUUUCUGGUCUCUACCAUACUGACAAGAGAAGGCACCAAUGCCCCCACUUAAAGAGCACUUCAUCCUGCCCAGUGUUUGUGAGGCUUAAAAAUUCUCGGGCUUAUAAAUUCUCCAAGAACAAGGAGCAUGUUUGUCUCCUCCACUUCCGUUGUGUAGUGAGUAGUUCACAGCUCAUACGUACCCGGCAUGCACAGUUCAGAGUGGAAGUACGCUUUGGAUGUUAGAUCGUGCCUGGUAAUCCUAGAGUCCACAGAAGUGGAGCUAGCUGCUUCUUCAUCUGUAUGAAGCAUAAUAUAUAAUGUAAAUAUAUCCAGCAGCUGAACUUAUUAUGUUCUAUAAUAGAGCACUUUCAUGGUUUCAAAAAUCAUUUACAUGUUCUCUGCAAAUCUAGUUAAGAUGGCAAUAAAUCUAUUUUUUUCAUACCAGAGCAUCUACCCACACUACUGCGUCUGUAACCAACGUUGUUUGAGCAAAGAACCUCACUGGCCUUUCUAUUUAAAUAAUGUAUGUGCUUAAUAUAUUUUCAGAUUUGUAAUUGUGGUUAAAGAACCUAUAUGGAAACUUGCACACACCCUCACCAAUGUCGGAAUAAACCUGAUGCUUGUUGAAA